AAUGUGUAUAGAUGUGUUGGCUAUGGCGUCAUUUCUUGGCGAAAGGGCCAAAAGGGAGCGACCCUCUUGCCUCAUUCGAGUGAAGUGAUGAUCCAUUAACCCGGCAGGUGAUCUGGAAAGCCCUAGCUCAAGAAUUCAAGUGAAAAGUUUGAAAGUGAGAUUGAUGGAUAAAGAACUAACCAAUUUGAGUAGUAAUAAGAAAUUACGUAGACCUAAUGAUUCUUUGGAGGAUGAUGAUGAUGUGGACAGAAUCAGUGAUUUACCAGAAAGUGUUUUGAGUCACAUACUAUCUCGACUACCAACGACAUUGGAUGCAGUUCGUACCUGUGUCCUAUCCAGAAAAUGGGAAAAACAGUGGAAGAAUGUUUACAAUCUCAGGUUCAGUGAUUAUAAAGUUGAUAAGUCCAAAAAGAAGGACUUCGCCAUCUCUGUGCAGAAGGUGCUUUACCAUUUCAGGAACUCAAGGAUUCAGGGGUUUAUGCUUUCUAUUAAUUGCAAUCAGUAUAAUCCCACUCUUGUCAAAACUUGGCUAUCAGCUGCUUUAAGGUCUAAUGUUCAGAGGCUUUGUUUUUCCCAUGUAGAUGACUUGGAGUUUCCUCAUUACUUCUUCGAAUGUGAUUCUUUAGUGCAUUUGGUUCUCGAACUCUGCACUUUCAGAGUUCCUGGUUAUUUUUGUCUUGCAAACCUUCGAGUGUUAAAUUUUUAUAAUGUUACUUGGCAAAAUGAUGAUUGUUCUGCUUCCAGGUGCUUCAUCUUGAAUUUUCCAGUUCUUGAAGUGUUUAAGUCGUAUCAAUGCCGCUGGUUGAAUGUGAAAAUGCUUAAAAUACUUGCUCCUCUGCUUGCAAGUUUCCAGAUGGUUAGAUCUUUCCUUAGAUGCACACCUGGUCGAUCAGAGGAUUGUGAAAUAGAGAUUUGUGGAGACAACCUUUCAUAUUUUAAUUUUGAUGGUUUUUCACUAGAAAAUAUUGUCCUAUCUAACCCUUCAAAAGUUGCUAAUGUGUGUCUUGAUGUAAAUUCCAUGGAGCGUUUUAUUCAGAGGGGAAAAAUUGGUUCUCGAGCUCUUUUGCUUUUGGGAGGACUUUCUUCUGUUAUCAGAUGCCUGGAACUCUCUGAAUAUGUAAUUGAGGCACUUGCGCAUGCAGAACCUCCAUGUUCACUUCCCAUCUUUGAUGGGCUGACCAUCCUUAAAGUGUCUUCCACUUGGAGUAAUACCCUCUGCAGUGGACCACUGAUGGAGCUUCUAAACAGUGCACCGGCUCUUGAAAAGCUCAUAUUUACCACGUUGAUUGAUGAUGUCAAUUAUGAGGAAAGUAAUUCAUUGCCUACCAACUUUUCAUCUAACCUGAAGGUAGUUGAAUUCAGAUUGUUCAAAGGAAGGGCAUCUGAGAUUCAACUGGUUAAGUUUUUGCUGCACAAUUUGUCGAUACUUGAGCAGUUGGUAAUUACAAAGUUUUUGGGAGAUACAAAGGUUGAAGUUGAAAAUCAGCUAUUAAUGUUGCCUAGAAGCUCGAGUCGUGUGUCGAUAGUGUUCUUGUGAACUUGACUGAUGUAAAUGAUCUUCUUGUAAUAUUAUGUUAUGAGAUUAAACUGGUGAAGUUUUUGCCGUAGAAUAUAUUGGUACUCGAGAGUUGAUUACCACUUCGAAGUUUUUGGGAGAUACGAACGUUGUGGUUCAAGAUUAACUGUUAUUGUUACUUGAAAGCUCAAGAUAUCUGUUUAGGUGUAUUUCUAUCAAAGAAAUGUGAUCCUGUCAAAUACUUGGUGUGUUUUCAGGAUACACUUUUACAUUCA